GGAGAACCCGGCAGCCUCUUCCGCGCGGAGUUUAAAGAAAUUCUGGGCAAAGUCGGCCGCUGAUCGUGGUCAGAGCGGUCUUCCUGGAGUCUUGCUCAAGUCUCUCCUGCUGCAGCUUCUGUGCUGGCUGAGGAGAGCGCCCAGACGACGGCAAGAUGACGGUCGGGAGUCCGGGAGACUGCGGGGAGGUGCGGAGGAGCCCCGAGGGCCGCGUCGCUCGCCUGGGCCGCCGCCUGGGCCGCCGCCGGCUGCCGCGCUCCCCGCCGGAGCCUCUGCGGGUGCGGGCGCGGCUGCGGCUGCGCUCGCCGUCGGGGGCUUUCGCGGCGCUGGGGGCGCUCGUGGUACUGGUAGGCAUGGGCAUCGCGGUGGCCGGCUACUGGCCGCACCGCACAGGAGCCCCAGGGCCCCGGGCUGCCAAUGCCAGCGCACCCCCCGUGAGCGAGCUGCGACGUGAGGGUCGCGGGGCCGGCCGGGCCCAUGGCCCGCACGAGCGGCUGCGGCUCCUUGGGCCUGUGGUCAUGGGCGUCGGUCUGUUCGUGUUCAUCUGCGCCAACACGCUGCUCUACGAGAACCGAGACUUGGAGACGCGACGGCUUCGCCAGGGGGUGCUUCGGGCUCAGGCGCUCCGGCCCCCCGACGGCCCAGGCUGGGACUGCGCGCUCCUUCCCAGUCCCGGUCCCAGGACUCCCCGAGCCAUAGGCUGUGCGGAGCCAGAAAGUUGGGACCUGUCCCCGCGUCGGGGUACCUCACCUGUCCCGUCAGUGCGGAGUCUGCGUUCAGAACCUGCUAAUCCUCGCUUGGGGUUACCUGCCCUGCUCAACAGUUACCCGCUGAAGGGCCCGGGGCUGCCCCCACCCUGGGGUCCACGGACUCAGACUGGCCAUGUGAUUAUCACCGUGCAGCCCUCUGGUUCCUGCAUUGAACACUCCAAGUCUCUGGAUCUGGGCCUUGGAGAGCUCCUGCUUGGGGCCCCAGCAGCUCGGGACUGUGCUCACCGAAGCUGGCCACGACUGGACCGCCUCAGUCUGGGGGGUUAUGCCAAGUUGGGAGGAGGCGGGGACUUGGGGGCCCAGGUUUGAGGAUCAGGCGACAACCUGCUAUGAGGCUGCAGCGUGGACCAUGGUAACAGGACCAGGAAUCCCAAUGUCUAGUAGAUGCUUCAGUCACCUCCCAGACUGGGGAAUGGAUGCGCGGGACCCAGCAUCCCGAGCUGCUAAGGCAUCCUGAGAAAUGGCAGACAAUAGCCAACUGCACAAAGUUGCAAUAACCUGGAGAUAAUGUGUUUUAAUGUGGAGUCUGGAGACCAGCAUGACUCAGCCUCAGGAAUUCCUUCAGCCUCCAAGUGGCCUUAGCCUUGGACAGGUACCUGAGGCGGCUAGAGGUCCAAGCCAGGGUGAUUGGGAGAUGCACCUGGUGUCUUGGCAAUCCCAGAGUGGUGGGCAAGGACCCCCUAAGACUUGGGAGGCAGGUUGAGAUGUUACAAGCUGGGACAGGCUCUCUCCAAGGUGGCACUGGUGAUGGUAUUUGGACCUCUAGGAAGAUGGGCAAUAGGGUAGAAUUGAGCCCCUUCACUGCCAUCUGGGAUGGGAACCCUUUCUUCCCUCAGCCAUGCAGGGUACAUCCCACUAAGGCUACACGACUGCCAAGCCUUCAUGCUGAGGGGUUAGCCCCACCCCAAAUAGGUCUGAGAAGCCCCCUUCUCUCCUUUGUCAUGGUCUGUGCUGCAAAAUCUCCCUCCAGUUGGCAAAAAGCAUUCGCCAAUUCUCAGAAAUCCUUUUAUACAACAUUCAAGCUGCAUUUUGGCCAAUGUGGGUAGCUUACUUUAGAAAAUGGCUUGAAUUUGGGUCUAAAAUUUCCCAAAUUGCUGGUAGGGGAAGAGAACUUUAAAAGUUGAUUAAGCCUCAGAUUCAGUCCUUUUUUUUUUUUUUUUAAAGUUUAUUGAAAAAUGCAGGACAAGAAGCAAGACCAAACACGUAUCUAAACACUACAGCCACUUCUCUUACUACAAAAGGCCAAAACAGCAGACCUAAUUAUUGCCUAUUUAAUCUAAGGAUUUUGCCAAUUUGAUUCUGCUGCCAUAGUUCCUAUUUUGUCAAGAAAUGUAAACAACUACUUGAUAUGAUUCAUAAUUUUUAAAAAUUUUACAAAGCUCCUUCAUUUUUGUCACCAAAAUAAUACAUUUGAGAAAGAUUUGUAAAACCACCAGCCUGGGGCUGAGAUCCUGGGCAGGUGUUUCCUAUGAGCAUUUCUCGGUGUUGGUCAGGCCACAGCUCUGGCUCCAUUUCCCAAGGGGGACUGUUGUCCCCUCACCCUUGGCUGCCCUGCAGAACAUAUGGUGGGGGCCCAGGGAGGGGGACAAAGAUGCCCUGACAGACCUCUGCAGCCAGGCUGUGUGGGCCCUCAGCUGAUAAAAUGCAGGUCUAGCUUGGUAGGUGGGUGGGAGGCAGAGACCUCAUGUGGCUUGGAGGAAGUCUUUAUUUCUCAAGUGAAAUAAAAAUAAAGUCGCAGUGAGAGUUGUUACUGUGGUGUGUCUGAGUCACUUUAAGAAAACUGCUGCCAAGUCCCCUCUGCAUUUCCACCUGGACAGAGUCUGUUUUUCUUCUCUCUCUCUCUCUCUCUCUCUCUCUCUAUCUCCCCCUCUCUCUCUCGCUCGCUCUCUCUCACACACACAGACAACUGCAGGAAGAAAAAAACCCAAACUAUUGCCCAACCCCAGGAUCUGGUACCAGAGAGGAAGGAAAGAGAAAGAGGCCUGGAAGGACACCCCUCGUGCUAGCUUGUCUAAAUCAUGGCUUCUCAGGGUUGGAAGGGCAUUACAGAUCUUCUGGUCCAAUUUAUAGACAAGGAAGCAGAGCGGAGAAGUGUACUGUGUUGGUGACAGAGCUGAGGGCAAGGUUUGGCCCGAUGCAUGGUCCCGUGCUCUGAAAGCUGCCACACUGAUCUGGAUAGCACGGAAUAUUCAGUCUGCCAGAUUUCUAGUGCACUGUGCUCUCUUCCUUUUCCCCAUCCUCUUCAUUCCACAGGUUUUGGCUUUGGGAGUCAUAGUAGCUUUUAGCAGGACAGCAGGCCACUGGGAAGUGAGCUCACGUUACAUGCUUGUUUGAUGUGAGCUGGACUUCUGACCUCACCACCACUCCUGGCAACACAGCCCGGGCUUGGGCAUUACCCAGAAAACCCCACCAUUUCAGACGCCAUGCCCACAGGCUUUAAAUCUGUUCCUGAGAUAGGACAAUCUCCCCAAGCCUGUCACACAUCCCACCUGAGCUCUUCCCUGCCCUUCCCCAGAGAAAGCUGCCUGUUGGUUAAUAACAACCUCACAUAACUACUAAAAAAAAAAAAUGCACGCAUAUGAAAUCAGCUCAAACCAACUGAGUUCG